AUGGCCUUUGACCGUAUUGCCCAAUUCAUCCUCCGCGCCGCGGAACUGGCCUUCGCCGCCAUCGUCACCGGUAUCACUGGUGCCUACCUCCACGCCAACGACCAGGCUUCGUCGUGGGACAAUGGACGCUUCAUCUACACCAUUGUCGUUUCCAGCAUCUCCAUGCUGUUUGCGCUGAUCUGGCUGCUCCCGUUCUCCGGCAGCUUCGUCCACUGGCCCAUGGACUUGUUCCUCAGCAUCCUCUGGUUUGUCUCGUUCGGUCUGCUCGUCAACCUUAUUGGUGACGGCUGCGGUCCCGUUUUUGACUGGAGCAACGUCAGCCCCCGCGGCGACUCCUGCGGACGCCACAAGGCCAACAUCGCCUUCACCUUCCUCUCCGCCAUCUGCUGGCUCGUGUCUGCCCUCAUCGGCCUCUUCUGGGUCCGUCGCCGCACCGCCGUUGCCGACAGCCGCCCCGUCCACUCCCGCCGCCGCUGGUACAACUCCCGCGUCUAA